AUGAAGCUCUUCGUACUAACUUUUCUACUGCUAGCAGCGGUAUUUAUUCAUUCAAUAAAUAGCCAACAAUAUGUUGUUGGUUGUUACUUUACUAAUUGGGCUCAACAUCGACAAGGCCUUGGACGAUUUCUUCCAUCACAUAUUGAUCCAUCUCUUUGUACACAUCUUUAUUAUGCAUUUGCUAAUAUCGAUAUUACUAAUCGAAGUCCAAGUCCAUUCGAAGUCAAUGAUGUUAAACCAUCUCCAUCAACAUCACCUGUUAUUGUCAAUGAUGUUGUGAAACCUGGUAGUAAUGGUCGUCUUAAUGGUCAAUUAAAACCACCAAUAAAACAACCACCACCAAUGAGCAUGUAUGAACAAUUUAAUAUUUUAAAACAUAAAAAUCCUCAAAUGAAAACAUUAUUAUCAUUGGGUGGUGCAAGUGUUAAUGCUACACAGUUUCGUACUAUUUUUGAACCUGAUAAAAUACGUCGUGAUUUUAUACGAAAUACAAUAAAAUAUUUACGAAAUUAUAAAUUUGAUGGUUUAGAUUUAGAUUGGGAAUUUCCUGAAACUGAAAGUGAUCGUCGUAUAUUUUCUUUACUUGUUCGUGAUUAUCGAUUAGAAUUUCAAAAUGAAGCUUUUUUAACGGAUCGUUCACGUCUUUUAUUAACAGCAGCUGUUGCUGCUUAUCGUCCAAAAAUUGAAGCUGGCUAUGAUAUAAAAGAAAUUGCUCCAUAUCUUGAUUAUAUCAAUUUGAUGGCUUAUGAUUAUCAUGGUAGUUGGAAUACUCAUACAGGUUUUAAUAGUCCUUUAUAUGCACGUUCAAGUGAAAAAGGUGAUAAACGUUUACUUAAUCAACAAGCAACAGUUGAUACAUGGAUUGAUGGUGGUUGUUCACCAUCAAAAUUAGUUCUUGGUCUUGGUAUGUAUGGUCGAACAUUUAAAUUAAAACAAAAGAAAAAUCCUGAUACAAAACCUUAUGGACCAUCAAAAGGUGCUGGCCUACCAGGUAAUUAUACAGCUAGUAAUGGAUUUCUUUCUUAUUAUGAAAUAUGUGAAUUAAUAAAAAAACAAAAAUGGCAUACUGAAUAUGAUAAAGAACAACAAGUACCAUAUGCAUAUAAAGAUGAUCAAUGGGUUAGUUUUGAUAAUCAAGAAUCAAUUGAAAAAAAAUGUCAUUAUGUUGCUUCAAAACGUUUAGCUGGUGCUAUGAUAUGGUCACUUGAUUUUGAUGACUUUAAUGGUGCUUUUUGUGGACAAGGAAAAUAUCCAUUAUUAACAACAGUUAAAAAAACACUUGAUAGUCUUCAAGGACCAACAACACCAAUUAGAAUUCAUAAAACAACACAAACAACAAUAACAAAUCAUGGAUAUUUAUAUAAUUAUUCAUUUUUCCUUUUAUUGAUUAAUUUUAUUUUUCCGAUAUUUAUUUACCAUUUGAUUUGA